CAAAUUAUUGUAAUGUUAUUUCACAGUAAUGUAAAAUCACUCUGGAGGCCAGAAUACGGUGCUUAUAUGCUUGAAGGAACUCCAGGAAAACCAUAUGGAGGAUUAUUAGCUCACUUUAACGUUGUUGAAGCUAAUAUGCGCUAUCGAAGGCAAGAGGCAACAAAAUUACUCCAUCCCAACGAAGUCUUAAUGUCAUUAACUGUUUUCCCAAGAGUAGGAGCUCCUGACUUUACUGAUCCUCCUACUCAUCCUACAUCUAAUACUGGUGCUUCUAGGAGUUUAUUUUUUCCUGACGAAGCUAUAUAUCCUGGCCAUCCACGUUUCAAGACAUUGACCAGAAAUAUUAGAGAACGUCGUCGAGAGAAAGUUGCUAUAAACAUUCCUAGUAUGUAACAGUAUUAUGAAUGACAUCAAUUUCUUAACAUAUUUUAAGAAUCAAAUAUAUACUUAAAAGUUGACAGAAGAGAUCAUAGAGACCUUUAGUCGGAGACAAAUUUCUUCGUGCUGAAAUUAUUGCAUGAAUAGCAUUUUAAUUGCGAUAUUCAAAAUUAAAAAAAUUAUUUAAAGACUCAUAUCGAGCUAAUUUUUUUUUAAAAAGACAAAAUAAAAAUUCAUUCUGACGUCUCAUCCGAUGUGUACUAUAAUGCAAUUGAAGUGCAUAUAAUUUUUAUUUAUUCAUUCGAUAGCGCAACAUUCCAAAGUCGGGACAGGGCCUACUUUUCGUAUGUAUGUCCGUGAUGCACACGCAGGGUAUACACAGACAUAUGGGA